AUGUCUGGUCCCUACGACUCCUACGGUGGCGGUCAGGGCUACGGCUCACAGUACCCUCAGCAAGGGUAUGGGGGUAGUCAAGGCUAUCCCCCUCAGCAGGGAUACGGUCAACAGUACCCUCCCCAGCAAGGCUACCAACAGUAUCCUCCUCAAGACCAAGGCUUUGGCCCACCUCGCCGACAAGAUUCCUUCGGGCCGCCUCAAGCUGGCGGCUUCCAGCAUGGUCAAGCUGGCUACCAAUACGGUGCCUACGACGCUAGCAACCCACAAGGCCACGCAGGAUACUAUGGCAACCCUGCUCCUCAGCAAUACGGCAGCAACGAUGCCUAUGCCCAAAAUCAGGCUUACCAAGCCCAAAUGGCCCAACAAGGGGGUCAACAUCAACAAGGCCAAGGUACAAGCCUGCCACCCGAAGUGGCCAACCACCAGUUUGCCCCUCAGUCAACUGACCCCAAUGCGCCAAACUACGAUCCAAAAGCUCCUCCGAUGACCGAGAGUGAUCGUGGCCUUCUCGGCGCCAUUGGUGGCGGCUUCGGUGGCCACUUCUUGGGUAAACAGGCUGGUCACGGCUUCUUGGGCACUAUCGGAGGUGCUCUGCUUGGGAGUGUCGCCGAAGACUUUUUGAAGGAUAAGAAGAAGCAGCAUCACAGCAGCGGCAAUAGCAGCUGGGGUGGCAGUGGCAGCAGAUACUAA